AUGGGUUCAUUCACCGGCUAUGUUGUCAUCUACAUUCUCGGCGGCGUCACAUUUCUCCCUCUCCUCGUCGUCCUGCUAUUUCUGCAUGCCUAUCUCACACUCAAACCGCCCGUGAACCAGGACGAUUCGUUAUCAUCAUCGUCAGCUGCGGCUACCGCGGUAUCUAAUCAGCAAACCGGCACGACCGAUAACAAUGGUAACGAUAUCAACACCGACGAAAAUAAAUUACAUGGCCGAAGACUGAGUCUAAUAUCGCGACCGAACGAUGACCAAUUCAGCCUCAAAAGCGGCACCGACGUCCUCGCGGAAAAGUUUCAGCGUGUCCACGAAAACGAUGUUGCCGCCGGCUACUUUGCAGUAUGUCGUGAAUAUGUACCUGGAGGCGUGAAUGGGAAACCACCCGAGAGGACAACACCUGCUGGGGAAGUGGUGGGUACAGAGUCUCAGAGUCCGAGUGUGUAUCAGAGCAUGUAUCGGAGUAUCUUUGAGCGCAAGACGGCUUCUGCGAGUAUUGAGCCGGGGAAUAAUAAUGGAGGCAGGAAUUUUAGGAAGGCCAGGAAUGUGUUUUAUAUUGUUCUCAGACAUGGUCAUUUGAUGCUGUACGACGACGAGCAGCAGAUUGAGGUCCGCCAUGUGAUUUCUCUGGCACACCAUGAUGUGACAAUUUACGGCGGCGGAGAGGAUAUCCCUGAAGGAGAGUUAUACGCCAAACGCAAUGCCAUCUGUCUAAGUCGAAGGGAGGAUUCAAUUGCCGAUCUACGGGGACUUACGCCGCCAUUCUUCUUGUUCUGUCAAAGUCAAUCUGCCAAGGAAGAUUUCUACCAUGCGUUGUUGAAGAAUCAGGAGAAGAUUCCGAACUCGCCGAAUUCUCCGCCGUCGCCGCAGUUGUAUGAUGCCAAGGAUAUUGUCAAGUUGGUGCAGGAUCUUCACGCGUCUGAAGAUCAUCUACAGACUCGAUGGAUUAAUGCGUUAAUUGGAAGAUUAUUCUUGGCGAUGUACAAGACUCCAGAGAUGCAUGAGUUUGUUCGGACGAAGAUUACGAAAAAGAUCUCACGAGUCCCGAAGCCGAAUUUCAUCUCGAACAUUGCAUUGCGAAAGAUAGACAUGGGCCAGGGCGCGCCUUCAAUCACGAACCCGCGACUCAAAGAUCUGACAGUUGAUGGGGACUGUACCGUGGAGACCGAUGUAAAUUACAGCGGCAACUUUCGUAUCGAGGUUUCGGCAACCGCUCGUAUUGAUUUAGGCCCUCGAAUCAAAGCUAGAUCGGUUGAUCUUGUUCUUGCAGUUGUACUCAAAAAGCUGUCCGGCCAUAUGCUAAUACGCUUCAAACCACCGCCCAGUAAUCGAAUCUGGUUCUGUUUCGCUACUAAGCCUGACAUGACCAUGACUAUCGAACCCGUUGUUAGCACCAGACAAAUCACCUACGGCAUUAUCCUUCGUGGUAUCGAAAGUCGGAUUCGAGAAGUGGUCGAAGAGACGUUGGUAUUUCCUUACUGGGAUGAUGUUCCAUUCUUGGAUACGGCAUCUUUCCCAUUCCGAGGUGGUGUCUGGCAACGAGAUAUUCCCAAGAAUCAGGACAGAGUCGAGAUUCCUGAUGAGUCGGAGGCGCGCGAUGAUUCUGAAGAGUCUGCAGACGCUAUACCAAUUGACACAUUGAAGACCAAGGAUGAGCGGAGUUGGAGUACGCCUGAUUUCGUCAAGUCGAAUCCCCCGUCUCUCAGGUCUAGUAAAAGUUUCAAGUCUAUGCCUGUCGACUCUCCGAUCGAUGAGGUUACUGGUGCUUCUUCAUCGGUAGACAAACGAAGCAAUACCUCGCCAAUAGAUAGUAUUCGAACGCGGACCUUCUCGAACGUUGCAGAGCCCGUCGUGACAGCCGAUCAUGGAAAGGCUGAUAAGGCCGAGGGCGAUUCUCCCAGGGCUCACAGGCGGAAUCGGUCGAAACGAGAUGCAACAAGUUCGAUGAUUGAGAUUAAAUCCCGCUCGCAGUCUAACUCAGUAUCAAGUACACCGUACGGAUCACCACCGAAAGGAGGUUCUUUGGAUGCCGCUACGUUCGACGAGCCAACAGACUCGAUAUUUAAUGAAACACUAUCGACCCGCGAACUUGGAAAAUCAACGCGGCCUAGUUCGUCUAAUUCAGAUGCCAUGGCUAGCAACGUUUCUUUGACUCCCUCCACGACUAGCGAAGGAACCAAUUUUAAAGGAAAAUUCGAGAGCAUCAAUCGAUCAUUCAGCUCGGUAUCUUCUGACAAACGAACUACAACUAUCGCCGCCAUCGGAACGGCCACUGCAGCAGCUAAGAAAUGGGGCUGGAAUGUGUUGAACAAGGCUGACCAACGAAGACAGCCAGGUGAUUCAGGCCCUAAGCCAGGAACACCGGAACAUCCCAUCGGGCGGGGAAGACCGCUUCCUCCUCCAGGAACACCACUGCCACCACCAGAGCGUAACAGUUUUAUGUCGAAUUCGAUCAGCAUGCCACGAAGGAAACCCGUCCCACCACUUCCGGGACAGAUGUCAGAAGAGAGAAAGGAGGAUAAGCGACCCGUACCGCCACCGCCUUUGCCGAAGCGAAAGAGCGUACCGUUGAAAGAUGCCGAUAACGUCGGCUUCAGUGACGAAAUUCUUGUCGUCGAAGCGCCGCUAGAUUCAGAACCGAAUAGUCCUGCAGUAGCAAUUGCUCCCCCUUUGCCGCCAAAGAUACCAGUGACGCUACCAGCGGAUUUGCUCGUGUCCUCUUCGAAGUCGGAGGAUGCCCAGGUCGAUAGCCAAGAUAAGACGACUGACAAUAACGUGGACGAAGACGAUGAUACUCCCUGGGACUCGGGCUUUGAGCAAAUAUCCGGCUCUUCCGAAGACAUCGACACCUCCUCAAUAGCAUCAAAGACCCAGACUAAGCCCGCAUCUACUACACCGGAUACCGAAACGAUCGAAAACCCCGAUAACAGCCGCACGCAGUCUCAUGAAGACCUUCUCCUAUAA